UUUUCUUUAGACGGUGAAAAUGAAGACAAUUGUUUUAUUAUUUCUGCUCGUCGCGCUCGCAGCUGCGAGCCGAAAUAAACACAAGACGAAAGCGAGCGACAAUGAUGGCCCAGAGAGUUCAACCGAUUGGCCGAGACCGGACAGUAUCGGAGACUUUAAUGCCCCGCCUGAGUACGGCGGACCUCCUCCUGCUGACGGGGAUGAGCCUGCACCUCCAGCUGGCAAUGAUCCACCAAGACGGCGCCCCAGAUCUGGCCGUCGCCACUAGACCCGAAAAGCCUGUAUAAAUACGGAUAUCGUAUAAUUAAAGUAAAUAGUGCCUAAA